CCGCGGCCCCCCUUUCCCCAAAGUGAGUGAGUGAGACGGGCAGAUGGAGGAGGGACUGUAAUGGCGGCGGCCGGCAGCUCCCUGCUCUGAUCCGCGGCAAGCACACGGCAGCGACCCCCUCCCCGGCCCUCUCCCGGCCGGCCCCCGCCCUGCCGUCGGCGCGGGGCCACCGUCCCGGCCCUCCCCGCAGCUGUCGGCGGCGUCUCGCUCUGCGCCCCGGCCGGGGCCCCACACACAAUGGACGAGCUGGCCGGAGGCGGCGGCGGCGGCGGCCAGGGGAUGCCGGCCCCUCCCCGGCCGCAGCAGGGACCCGGGGGGAACCUGAGCCUUCCGCCGCCGGGAGCGAACGGAGCGCCGGGCGGUGGGGGUCCGGCGGCCGCCGAGGCGGCGGGGCCCCCGGCAGGCCCCGAGCUGUCCCGGCCGCAACAGUACACUAUCCCGGGGAUCCUGCACUACAUCCAGCACGAGUGGGCUCGGUUCGAGAUGGAGCGGGCGCACUGGGAAGUGGAGCGAGCUGAACUGCAGGCACGGAUUGCGUUUUUACAAGGAGAAAGGAAAGGUCAAGAGAAUUUGAAGAAGGAUUUAGUGAGAAGAAUAAAGAUGCUAGAGUAUGCACUAAAACAAGAAAGGGCAAAGUAUCACAAAUUAAAAUAUGGCACAGAACUGAACCAAGGUGAUUUGAAAAUGCCAACCUUUGAAUCAGAGGAAACCAAAGACUCGGAGGCUCCUGCAGCACCUCAGAAUAGCCAGCUAACAUGGAAGCAAGGCAGACAGCUGUUGAGACAGUAUCUUCAGGAAGUAGGAUACACAGAUACAAUAUUAGAUGUACGAUCUCAACGGGUAAGGUCAUUACUUGGACUGUCUAAUUCAGAACCAAACGGAUCCGUAGAAGCAAAGAAUUUAGAACAGAUCCUGAAUGGAGGUGAAUCUCCUAAACAAAAAGGACAAGAAAUCAAAAGGCCGUCUGGUGAUGUUCUUGAGACAUUCAAUUUCUUAGAAAAUGCUGAUGACAGCGAUGAGGAAGAAAAUGACAUGAUUGAGGGCAUCCCUGAAGGAAAAGACAAACUUCGGAUCAAUAAGCACAAAAUAGGUAAUGAAGGUUUAGCUGCUGACUUAACUGAUGAUCCUGAUACCGAGGAAGCACUGAAAGAAUUUGACUUUUUAGUGACUGCAGAAGAUGGUGAAGGAGCUGGCGAAGCACGGAGUUCAGGGGAUGGUACAGAAUGGGAUAAAGAUGACCUCUCCCCAACUGCUGAGGUUUGGGAUGUAGACCAGGUACUAAUAAGUAAACUGAAGGAACAGUACAAGAAGGAACGAAAGGGGAAGAAAGGGGUGAAGAGGGUCAACAGGACAAAACUCUGCGACAUGAUAGCUGAUCUGGGAGAUGAUGAGCUGCCUCACAUCCCUUCAGGAAUCAUUAAUCAGUCUAGGUCAGCCUCUCCUAGAAUGACUGAUCAUGAAGGUGCAAGAGCAGAGGAAGCUGAACCAAUAACGUUUCCAUCUGGAGGAGGCAAGUCAUUUAUUAUGGGUUCUGAUGAUGUUUUGUUAAGUGUACUGGGCCUUGGAGACCUUGCAGACUUGACGGUAACAAAUGAUGCAGACUAUAGUUAUGAUUUGCCGGCCAAUAAAGAUGCCUUUCGAAAGACUUGGAACCCCAAGUAUACACUACGUAGUCAUUUUGAUGGAGUGAGAGCAUUAGCUUUUCAUCCUGUAGAACCUGUGCUGGUUACUGCCUCUGAGGACCACACCCUGAAACUUUGGAAUUUGCAAAAGACAGUUCCUGCCAAAAAGAGUGCCUCUUUAGAUGUAGAACCUAUCUACACAUUUAGGGCCCACAUUGGCCCUGUUCUUUCAUUAGCUAUUAGUUCUAAUGGAGAGCAGUGUUUUAGUGGUGGUAUUGAUGCAACCAUUCAGUGGUGGAAUAUGCCUAGUCCUAACGUGGAUCCCUAUGAUACAUAUGAGUCAAAUGUUCUAGCUGGCACUUUAGUUGCUCACACAGAUGCAGUCUGGGGUCUUGCCUAUAGUGGCAUAAAAAAUCAGUUACUGUCUUGUUCAGCAGAUGGCACUAUUAGGUUAUGGAAUCCACAAGAAAAAUUGCCAUGUAUUUGCACUUACAAUGGAGACAAGGAACAUGGAAUACCUACAUCAGUUGACUUUAUAGGCUGUGAUCCAGCUCAUAUGGUGACUUCUUUUAACACUGGUAGUGCGGUAAUUUAUGAUUUAGAAACAUCACAGUCAUUGGUGAUGCUUUCCUCACAGGUAGAUUCUGGUUUACAAUCUAGCUGUCAUAUUAACAGAGUAGUAAGUCAUCCUACACUUCCUGUUACAAUAACUGCUCAUGAAGAUAGACACAUCAAGUUUUUUGACAAUAAAACGGGUAAAAUGAUCCAUUCUAUGGUAGCUCAUUUGGAUGCUGUUACAAGUUUAGCAGUAGAUCCCAAUGGAAUCUAUUUGAUGUCUGGAAGCCAUGACUGCUCCAUUAGAUUAUGGAAUUUGGACAGUAAGACAUGUGUACAAGAAAUAACAGCUCAUAGGAAGAAAUUGGACGAGUCAAUUUAUGAUGUUGCUUUCCAUCCAUCAAAGGCAUAUAUCGCCAGUGCAGGAGCUGAUGCCCUUGCCAAAGUAUUUGUGUGAACCAACAUAGACUCACAUCAUGAAAAAAAAAAUUUGCUUGGUCAGAAAGGGGGUCUGUCUGUAUCACUGCCAUCAAGAAGGUUACUGAUAUGACACUACAUGUGAUCUGCCUGGGUAAAGCUACUGGGGGCAGGCAUAAGUUGUUGGGAAUCACAUCUUUAUGUCAGGCUUAUUAGUUUUACUGUAAUUAACUGUAUUUUGUGGGACAGAAAAAAGACUCCAGUAUCUGUACUAAAUACUGGAUAUGAACUGAGCAUAAUUUCUUUUUUUAAGGUGUCUUACCAAAAAACAAAAAACAAAACAAAAAAAAAAAAACAAAAAACAAAACAAAAAGGACUUUUUGUUGGACUCUGUGUGCUGCCUUAGGAUUGGGAAUGUGGUGCUCUUGUGGGGAAGCAAGCUCCAAGAGUAGGUUUUUUCAUCUCUUAGUGAUCUCACGUUUAUCGUUUGAAUGCCACAGACUCCCUUCUAAACUUAUUUUGCUUUAAAAAAAAAAAAAAAGAAAGAAAAUAAAAUUUAACUUAAAAUAUUUUAGCAUUAGUUGCACAAAAUGUUUGGAUAAAAUUCUAGUUUUUAUAAGUCUUUUUAUAUAUUUAGCCUGUCACAACAGUGCUCAAGAUCAUAUUGAUGUUUUUCUGCAUUAUACAGCCCUAAAACACAGAGAUCUCACUAACCUGCCACCUAUAACCACUUUCUUUCCUCCUUUUGCCUAAUACAGCUCAGCUAAGUCCUUCAUAAAGAUGAUAAAUCACCUUCGUCUACAUGUCUUCAUGAAUCAAGGACUAUUAAGUACAUUAAAGCUGUGGAGUUUAGUACUCCAAAUGAACUCUUUCAAAACUAAUCUUGACAUCCUAUCACUAUGUGAUAUUUUGUACAUCUUACUGUAUUUACAAGUUUAUUUAUCAAGGAUUAUCCAUCUUGCUAAUAGCCUAUUAUUUAUUUCACUUUUUGUUGGUCUUUAUAUCCUUUUAUUAAUGUGCUAAGGGAACCUGUGUAUCUAUUUUGGAACUCUUUAAACAGUCUAAAAUAGACUAAAAAUGGAAUAUUUUAUAGUUAAGUUACAAACCAAGGUGUUUUCCCCCAAGAUACUAUCUUGAUUUACCAUGAUUCCAAAACAAAAUGAUCUAGUUUUUAAAAAAAAAAAAAUUGAAGGAUAUUGCUAUUACAUAUAAGAUAUUUUAAAAAGUUGAAUCAGGAUACAGAAGUCUGCUGAGAUUGGACUAGUUUCCCCUGUUUUAUUUUUUUAGAUGUGCUUAAUUUUAUUGUGUAACUAAAGAUUUUUUUUGUGUGUGUAAUGCAUGAUUAAGACAAAAAAGUAUUUUUUUCUAGUCUUCCAAAAACCUUUUCUGAUCAGUUUGCGAGUUUUGAUGAGUUUUGUAAGGUUUUUGUUUUACAGACUAUGAAUCAGCAAAUUUUUAAGAUUGUAUCACAAAGCAAACAUACAGCUGUUGAAAAAUAAUGUAUAUAAAAUGCAUAUAAUAAAUAUUAAAUUGUGUACCUGUA